GCUCAGUGUAUCUGUAGCCGCAGCAGGAGCAGUAGGCUGCGGGUUAAGCUGAGCGGAGGGCUCGGUAACGGCUGUGGCUGGAGGAUGAAGGGGGGACCGGGAUCGUGAGGGAACGGAAAGAGAUGGAGUCUGGCGACGGGAAGGAUGUGAAGCUGUCUGCCGAGGUCGAGCCAUUUAUACCCCAGAAGAAAGGAGUGGACUCCAGUCUGCUGAGCAUGAGUGUGUGUGGAGAGGGCAGUGGGGGGGCGGAGCCAACUCCAAUCCCAUCAUACCUCAUCACCUGCUACCCUUUUGUACAGGAGAACCAACACAACAGUAGGCAGUUGCCGGUGUAUAACGGAGAUUUGCGCUGGCAGCAGCCCGGUGCUUCCCCCAGUGGUCCGUACCUAGCGUACCCCAUCCUGUCUUCCCCCCAGCCCCCUGUUUCAAAUGACUACACUUACUAUCAGAUCAUGCCCGCGCCCUGCCCCCCUGUCAUGGGCUUUUAUCAGCCUUUUCCCAGCCCUUACACGGGACCCCUGCAGCCUGGCGUGGUCAACCCUGUAUCAGAUGGCUGCGAGAGGCCGCCGCCACAGGCCCAGCCGUUUGGUAUGGCUGCUCAGAGAGGGAGGACUGUGGGGAGGGCCCCCAUCCUACCCAAGCAAAUGGCUCAGCCAAUCAGAGCGAAGAGGCCUGUGAUGCGCAGCGUUGCGGUGCAGAAGGAAGUCGGCGCAGCAGGGCCUGAUGGGAGAUCGAGGACAGUGCUGCUGGUGGACGCUGCCCAGCAGACUGAUUUCCCGGGCGAGGUGUGGGACAGCGGCAGCAGCAGCAGGUGUGUGUCGGAGGGCAGUUUGCAGUGGAGGGGGGGUAAAGUACGGCGCCGGCGCGUGUCUCAGCCCACCGAGUCGUCCAGCGAGCAGGGAGCCAGCGAGGCUGAUAUAGACAGCGACAGUGGCUACUGCAGUCCCAAACACAACCACCAGGGGGCAGCGACCCGCAACACCCAGCACACCAAUACAAUGGGUGUGGAGGCUGGAGUAAUGACUACAGUUAGCUGGGUUAAUGCAGCGUCUCAGGCUGGUCAGAAACCAUGGCCAGACAGAGCAUCACCCUUCAACAGGAACAAACCCCCCGAGCAGAGAAUCUACCCACAGGAGUUCCAGAUUGGAUUUGGAGCUCGGGUCGUGGGGGUUACAGAGCGGGGACCGAUGGGGGGUCAGCGGAGACUCCAGCCGAGUGUUCAGCCUACAGCACUCCCCCCCAACACCACUAAUGCACCCAACACCUCCAACAACGAACACACACCUGAACCGCUUUACUUUCAGGAUGAGGAGGAGUUCCCUGACCUGGCCACAGUGAGCAACCCACAGCGGAACAAAUCAGAACAAGUCCAGCUCAAACUGCCCAAGCCACUACUGGAUAACCUUCCGGAGAAUUCUCCAAUCAACAUCGUCCAGACGCCGAUCCCAAUCACCACCUUAGUGCCCAAACGAGCCAAGAGCCAGCGUAAAAAAGCCCUCGCUGCGGCUCUGGCCACAGCACAGGAGUACUCUGAGAUCAGCAUGGAGCAGAAAAAACUACAGGAGGCACUAACAAAAGCAGCAGGCAAGAAGAGCCGGACCCCUGUUCAGCUGGAUCUGGGGGACAUGCUGGCGGCUCUGGAGAAACAGCAGCAGGCUAUGAAGGCCCGGCAGCUAAACAACACCAAACCACUGUCGUACACAGUGGGCACAACCUCAAUGUUCCACAACAAGGAUGUGGUUACGAAGGGUGUGAUGAAGACUCCAUACACACCUCCUCACAACAUGCUGGACUCCACAGCACCCCGAAUCAAGAGGGGUAAAGAGAGAGAGGUUCCUAAGGUAAAGAGGCCCACAGCACUUAAAAAGGUGAUCCUGAAGGAGCGCGAGGUAAAGAAGGCGAAGCUGAGUGUGGAUCAGCCUGCUGGAACUGAAGAGCAGCCAGACGAUGACCUCAACUUCACUGACACCCUUACACAGGAAAUGGUGUCACAGGAGGAGAACGGUCUGAGCAUGCCCAGUGAUGCCUCACUCUCUCCAGCAAGUCAGAAUUCUCCUUACAGCAUCACUCCAGUCUCUCAGGGUUCCCCCGCCAGCUCUGGUAUCGGCAGCCCCAUGGCGACCUCUGCCAUCACCAAAAUACACAGCAGGAGGUUCAGAGAGUACUGUAACCAGGUGCUGAAUAAGGAGAUUGAUGAGAGUGUGACGCUGCUGCUACAGGAGUUGGUGCGCUUUCAGGAACGCGUGUAUCAGAAGGAACCGACUAAAGCUAAAUCCAAGCGCCGCCUCGUCAUGGGCCUCCGCGAGGUCACCAAACACAUGAAGCUCAACAAGAUCAGAUGCGUCAUCAUCUCACCCAACUGUGAGAAGAUCCAGGCCAAGGGUGGUCUGGACGAGGCUCUGUAUAAUGUGAUAGCCAUGGCACGGGAGCAGGAGAUCCCGUUUGUUUUUGCUUUGGGUCGUAAAGCGCUGGGCCGCUGCGUUAACAAACUCGUACCUGUCAGUGUGGUCGGCAUCUUCAACUAUUCUGGAGCAGAGGGUCUGUUUAACAGGCUGGUGUCUCUGACGGAGGAGGCACGGAGAGCCUAUAAGGAAAUGGUUUCGGCUCUGGAGCAGGAGCAGGCUGAGGAGGCCCUGAAAAACGUUAAAAAGGUUUCACACCACAUGGGCCACUCCCGAAAUCCUUCAGCCGCAUCCGCUAUCUCCUUCUGCAGCGUCAUCUCCGAACCCAUUUCUGAGGUCAACGAGAAGGAAUACGAAACCAACUGGCGCACCAUGGUGGAGAACUCCGACGCUCUGGAACCAUUGGAGAACGAAGACGCCAACAAAGCCUCCAGUGCCUCGAAAGAAAGCGAGAGAGCGACGUCGCACACCCUGCCCGCAGACCCGGCAUCCGCACAGGCCGCGCACACACAGCCCCCCGGGACCGAGGGGCAGGACCGCCUGGAGUGGGCGUCGCAGCAGAGCACGGAAACGGGGUCUCUGGACGGCAGCUGCAGGGGGCUGCUGAACUCCUCCAUCACCAGCACCAGCAGCACACUCGUCCCCGGCAUGCUGGAGGAGGAGGAGGAAGAGGAGGAGGACGACGAAGAUUACACUCCGGAGCCCAUCCUGGUGGAGGUGCCUCCACUGAGCAGUAUGAUCGAAACCUGGGUCAGCACCACUCUAGAGAACCUGCAGCUGACCGGCAAGAGCCACCACGGCUCUGAAGAAGAGGAGGAGGAGGAGGAAGAGGAAGAGGAGGAGGAAGAUGUGGGAGGAGCAAGUGAUGAUGAAGACGAGGAGGUCGAUCUGUCUGAUCUUGCAGAAGCUGCUGUGGACGACAAGCAGACAAAAGAGGCUCAGAACAACUCCAGUUGAGGGAGCAAAAAAAAAAAACAUGCACACACACACACACACACACACACACACACACACAUUAAAACACACACACAUUAAAACACACACACACAUUUUCAGUUAAUUUGGUCCAUUCACUUUAUUCACUGGUCAUUUUAUUAUUUAUCUUAUAGGUAAACUUUCCAGGUUUCAGUUACAGAACACAGGAAGUUUGUGAUUUUAAUGGUUUUGGGGACAAACUGUGCAGCAUCAGGUGAGCUGCACUCUGUAACUGUAAACUUGUAGAGUUUACCUAUAAGGUGUUUCCAAUAAAAUGGCCAGUUAUGCAGCUGGAUGUUUUUUUUUUUGUGUUUUUUUUUUGCAGUGUUCUCCUUUUUACAGCUUGUCUUUCAUUAUUUUCACAGCAACAAAAUCUCAGGAAAACAACAAGGACACACACACACACACACAAAAAAAAUAAUUCUGUCACCAUGCAGUCAGCAGCAUACACACAUACACACAGCUUCACAGAUUCUUUAACUAUUCAUACUUGAAUGAAAGAAGAUAAAGUUAAACCACCUGAUUGACGAUUUCUUGUCUACGCACGCACUCACACACACUCACACACACUCUCACACACACACACACACACUCGCUUCCUGUCUGCGGUAGAGGCUACAGAUCUCUCUGUAUGUUGCAUAGUUUAAUAGCUUUGCUCAUUUAUUUAUUUUCUUUGCUGUUCAUUGUUUGAUGUUAGGAGCAGGUAAUAAACAUUAAAGCCACAGACAGCAGCUUCUCCACCUCUCUUCACCAUCAUCAUCAGCAUCGUCAUGCACAUCCUAAUCAGAGAGAGAAAGAGAGAGGAGAAGAAGAAGAGGAGGAAGCAGAAACAGAAGAAAGGAACUGUCUGUGCGUGUUGAUCGCCUCGUUAAUAAUUAAAAGAUUGUGAAGUUUGAACAGAACUAAUGGGAGUUAAUCUGAACAAACCUGUGUGUGUGUAUGUAUAUAUAUAUAUAUAACCUGUACAGGUCAUUCUAAUGAGCUGAGUCAAGAGUCUGUUCUAUUUAUCGUGCUUAGAUAGAUGAAGAAGAGGAGGCAGGUGGUGAUGGCCUUUUAUUCGGGGGUGAUUUUGUUUGCGUUGCUCUGUGUGUCCUGGGUUUUCUCCCCCCUCCUCUCCUCUCCGUUUGUGUUUGGGGUCUUUACCUGGGUGCAGGUGGGAGGGAUAUUACUGAGCUCUGUGCAGGUGUGCUCGUGUUUUCUUCGUUCAGGUGGACGUCUGUGGUCAGGUUCUGAUUAGCAGUAGCAUUAAAUCGUGGUGCUUGGGUGGGUUCGGGCGGUAGUGUCGUACAGCAGUUUUGAUCACGGCUGUAAGUGUCAGACCUCAAAAUGAUUAGAUUCAGUUAUGAUUCUUAUUGAAACAAUUCAGCAAAUCAUGGAUUUUUAUCAUAAUUCAAUUCGUUCGCAUAGUUUAGUGAGUAUCUAACAGUGUUCUAGCUAAUGCUCUUGUCACUGAAUGCAACCAGUUCCUCACAGCAGUGCUCCAAAAUCAAGUAGAAAGCAAAGUAAAAAACGCCUUUUUAUAUACCUUUACUUUUGGUGAAAAUUUGAAUGAGCAGGUGUUCCAUUGUUUCGUUUUUGUCCAUAUUGUCACUGUCCAAUGAAAAACACGUAUCUCCAUUUUUGUCGAUUUUUAGUUUAGUACAUUAUUUGAACAGACAAACUGUCCCUUACACUGUAUCAAAAUUUAUUGGUGAACGGACCAAUAGAAACUCUCCAAAAUGACCUGAAAUAAACUCUUUUUACAUUGGCUUCCAUUGAAAGUUUACAAGGUUUUUUCCCUCUCCUGUAAGGUUGCUGUUCUGGAGAUAAGUGUUUUUCAUUGUCCAGCGAUGAUAUAGUGCAAUUAUUUCGGAUAAUGAAACAUAUCACAGGUUAAAUCAUUCUUGGUGGAGUAAAGAGUAUUUUCAUGUUACUCAUCAUUCAUUUAACAUAAUUCAUUUUCUUCAUUCAAGUUCUUAAUUUCACGCAAAUUUAAAACAUUUAAGACAAUUUCACCAUGAUUUCUGAUAUAAAUACAAGGGCUCAGAGUGGUCCAGCUGUCUAAAGCGCUGGCACUAUGAUCGGGAGAUCGCUGGUUCGAUUCCCGGUCAUGCAGCUUGCCAUCAGCUGCGAGAGUCCUAAGAGAGAGCACAAUUGGCCUUGCUCUUUCUCUGGGUGGGUACAGUAGAUGGCGCUCUCUCCCCACAUCACUUCAAAGGGUGAUGUCGAUCAGCACAAGUCUGCGUCUGUGAGCUGAUGUAUCAGAACAGAGUCGCUGUGCUUUCCUCCGAGUGCGCUGUAGCGUGAUGCUACUCGGCAAUGCUUACAUUGCAGUAAUGUCUGUUAUAUGUGAAAAAAAUUCUAAGUAGUUUUUUUUGUUGUUACAUUGACUCGUUUCUUAAAGGAAUAGGAUCAGAUCAUUUUGAGGUGCGAGAUUUACUGACCGGUGGUUUGAGCUGCUGUUAGACACUCCUCUUUUAGAGCUGUUUAAAGAUUAGCUGAGUCCCUCUGUUCUCCUUCUUUCUGAGUGUUAGCUACUUUGGAUGUGGAUUUAAAACUAACAAAUAAAAUGAAGGAUUUAUGCAGUUAGUACAAACCAACUGUAAAUAUGUAAAAAUAUAGUCCACACCUGGGCCCGUGUUAAAGCAAUAGUUUGACAAAAAAAUUUAAUUAUACCCUUUUUUCACUUUCCUGAUGCAAAUACAGCUGAUUAGCCUGGACAUGUUUAUAGUCUAAAGCUUGUUUCUUAAUGUUUUAUGAGUUUAAGGAGCUAAAAUAUUGAUGUAGCUAGCUAACUGUCAAUUAACUGAGGCUUCUGCCCACUAAUUAGCAAUUAGCAUGCUGUAUCAUCAUCAUUCAGGGUUUUGUCUGCAGAAAAUGAGUUUUUUUUGUUUGUGAUUUGAAACAGGAGAGAUAUCGCCUCCCACACUUCCUUUAGUGUAUUACAGUCUGUCAGAAUGACCAUGUUGAUCAUAUAAACAUUAUGAAGCUUAACAGGACACAUUUAAUAAGCUGUGUAGGUCCGGAGUAAAACUAAUAAUAAAGUAAAAAUAAAGUAAGGUGGGGGAGGGACUGGGUUAAUUACUGUUUUUGCUAAGCUAUUGCUUUACUUCAGUUUUGGUGAAAAUGUAAUUAUAAACAUUAAAGUGGGCCUACAGGUGCUGUUGUGUCCAGAUAAACACACACACACACACACCCGUGUAAAUGUAUAGGACGCUUGUGUCCGUGUGUGUAAUUGUAGUAGGCCUAUAUCUGUGUAGGCAGGUGUUCGUCAGCCCCGCCUCUCCUCCCUCCUGUCUAUCGACGGUCGCGCGUGUUCUUUGCACUAUAAAUAAUUUGUAAAUAUUAGCAAACGAAACCUCUGUAACUAAUGUGAAACAAUGGUUCUAUGAAGUAUCUUCAGUUCAUUGUGCUGCUUGUGUUUCUAUGGCUAUUUAAGAUGCCUCUCACGCAGUAAAUGUUCUUUAUGGCCUCUUAUGACCAAUUAUUAAUACCAUUAAACUCUUUUAAUGAAACUA